AUGCUGUCGGCCAAGCAGACCCUCGUGCACGGCAUGAGGAACGAAAAGUGGUGCACGCGCGAGAAAAACUCCCAGUACCGCGCCAUACUCAAGCUCCACGCGCGCGAAAAGAAGCUACAAGCGUCGAAUGCGAUUACUCUGAAGCGCAAGGUAUCGAGGAACCUGAAGGAGCUCAAGGGCGACGUGAAGGAGUACCGUAAGAUCGUCAAAGACGUCGCCGUCGGCGACAAGAGGCUGGUGCGCUCGAUAUUGCAGGGCUACAAUGACAUACAAGGACAACUGCAGGACGCCGAGCCGACGGGAGCUCGGGUCAUCAUAUUCCAAGACUACAACAUGAAGAAGAAGCAGCUGGACAAGCUGCUCUACGUGAAGGAAAAGAAGAAGGAGCAGAUAUGCGAAUUGAAGAUGGAGUACGCGGAGCUGACCGGUGACGUGGUGCCGGCUAACGAGUUGGCCGCGCGGGCGAGGGAGGCCCAGAUGCAGCGGCGCGAGCAGGAUCUGAUAGCGCGUUACCAGGUCGCCGUGGCUAAAAGAAACGCGGCCAAGUCCAUCGGCGAAACUUACCUCAAGAUCCUCGUUAUUCUGACGAAGGACUCCAAGUACUUCGACGGUGUCCUGAAUGCGCUGCGAGUGGACCAGCGGGACCAGUGCAAGGUGAUCUACCGGACGACGCUGAUGGGCCAACUGGCCACCGAGAAUUUGGACGACGUGCGCAAAAAGUACAAGGCAAUGGCCCGGGACGUGUGGGUGAACAUGAAGGAGCGCGAGCAAAACCUCGAGGUGACCAAGAAAAAGGCCGAGGACGUCUGGGAGUACGCCAAGUCGCUCGUCAGGGUCGAGAGCGACACCAAUGUCGCGAAAAAGAAGGAAGAUCCGUCCGCGGCGAUCGACAAGAAGUUGCAAGCGGAGAUCGAGAAAUUCGAAAAAAUCUUCAACAUUAUGAAGGAAACGAUGCUCAUAAGCUCUUACGAGGAGCUGUUCUUUAGACUCGAAGACCAGGUCAAGCAGAGGGAGCGACUCUCGAGUUUGUACAAGCGAGCCCUGAAGGAGCGCAACUACGUGCUGAACCGGAAAAACCACGCCGAAACGAUGCUUCAGAACUUGGAGCACUCGGUGGUGUCGACGACCACGAGGUACAAGUCGGAAAAGGGGGCCAUGCUCGAGAAGAUCGAGCAGGAAAAAAAACGAGAAGCCGAGAGUAACAACAUGGCGGAGAAUCGAGGCGAAUUAUUGAUGAAGAUAAUGAUGGCUUUGCAAAAUAUGGGGUCUAUGCUCGUCUGCGUGAAACCCGCCAAAAUGGGCAAAAGUAAGGAUAAGAGGUCCUCGAUGGAUCCAGUUGAAGAAAACGAGGAUGGGGAUGACUUGCCGACGAAGACGUGCGAAGAACCCAUGGAGACUGACAGUAUAGCUUUACUCAAAAAAGUCGCCCAGAAGGCAAUGACUAUGUUAUCUGCUACGAGCUUUGAGCUGAAUCCGCAGAGAGCGAUAAGGGCUAAAGACUUGUACGAAACUUACAUCGCCGAUUACCAAUCAAAUUUGAGAUUCGGAGGGGAAGAGACGGAGCCUACCGGCAUGGAGUUUGAACACGAAGCAGUUGAUGCGGAUGUGCUAACUCGCGUGGACAUAAAAUUAAAGAGCAAACAAAUUGUCGAAGCUAAUACUCGAGAGGACGAUUAA